UGUGUGGAUGUGUGGAUGUGUAUGUGUGUUUGUGCAGUCUACUUCCACUUGACUCCUCUUGCAGUAUAAUUAAACCUUAUCAAUGGGUUAUAAGGUUUUUUGCAUAUCUACAGUAUACCAUGAAUAUAAUCAUGAUAUUGGUUAUUAGCUACUUUGUUUUUCUUCAGGCCAUUGAUUUCUAGAUAGACUCAUAGAUAUAUAGAUACAUAGAUGAAUUGAUAGAUAGAUUGAUUGAUAGAUGAAUAGAGAGAUAGAUAUGAUAGAGAGAUAGAUGGAUAUAGAUAUGGGGUCUGAUUCUUAUCUGAUUCCAAUGUGCUUCCUGAUGCCCUUCCCUCCUCCAGGUGCACGAGAUGAGUGAAGGAAGCUUGAAACUAGUGCACAAUGCAGAACGACCAAAGGCUCUCAAGUGUGGAACCUUUGGAGCGUCUGCACUGGAGGAUCGGCACUUGGCUGUGGGCGACUUUGAGGGGAAGAUGGAGAUUGUUGAUCUGGCAGCUGCAGAAACGCCAGUUUAUUCUGUGAAAGCUCAUGAAGAAAUUAUAAAUGCAAUUGAUGGAGUGGCAGGCCUUAAUAUUGGCAAAGGUGCCCCAGAGAUUGCAACUGGGAGUCGUGAUGGACUGGUAAAGGUCUGGGAUCCUCGACAGAGAGACCGGCCUGUCGUGACCAUCGAGCCAAAAGAAGGAGAGCAGAAGCGAGACUGCUGGAGUGUUGCAUUUGGAAAUUCACAUUCAAUGGAAGAAAGGGCACUCUGUGCAGGCUUUGAUAAUGGGGAUGUGAAGAUGUUUGAUCUUAGAACAAUGGAAGUGAAGUGGGAAACCAAUCUGAAGAAUGGGGUUUGCUCACUAGAAUUUGAUCGGAAAGAUAUUGACAUGAACAAGCUUUUAGCUACAACACUGGAGUCAAAGUUUCACAUUUAUGACCUUCGGACAUUCCACGAAGAAAAGGGCUUUGCUGGCAUGAUGGAUAAAGGUCACAAAUCAACUAUAUGGUGUGGAAGACACUUGCCCCAAGAUCGUGAGAUAUUUGUCACCACUGGCGGUAAUGGCUCUCUGAUGCUGUGGAAGUACUCCUAUCCUUCAGCUCGCUCAAAGAAAUUGAGCGAUGGAUCGGAAGUUGGUGUAGCGGGUGAAGCAAAGCCGUUGCAAAAUGCUACUAUAACCGAUCAGCCAAUAACCAGCUUUGACUGGAGUCCAGACAAGAUGGGCCUGAGUGUGUGCACUGGGCUGGACCAGACAGUGAGGGUGGUCAUUAUGACGAAACUCAAUAUUGCAUAAAAUUUGAGAAGGUUAUAGAAAAACUUCUUGUAACUUGUUCUAUCAUUUAAGAAAAUAUUGUUAUACAGUAUAUGAAAUUAAAACACUGAAUGCAUUUGACAGUGAUCCGUUUAUGAUAUUGAAGAUUUUUAGGCUUCACAAAUCAUACUUGCAGAUAUAUAACUGAUAUCUCUGCUUGUUUAUACAUAUCAAAUAAAUAUAAGAACUAUU